CAUUCACAAAAAUGAGAUUAUCAUCCGGAUCCGAAUAGGGUGCAAACACCUCUUAGUAUUAGCACCAUACUAACAUAAUCAUUAGGGGUAUCUUAAUAAAAAUGGUAUAUAUAGUUACUCACCCAUUCCUUCCUUCUAUGUUUUUGCUCUCUCCAAAUCAUCUUUUGCCCCUCCAAUUCCCCUUUGUAAAAAAGCCAACAACUUAAUUAUUAAAAAAUAUUUCACUGUUUUAAUUUUUUUAUUGCUUGUCAUCAUUUAUAAGUUUUUGCUUUGCUUCUUGAUGUUUCUUGUGUGAUUUUCGUGUUUCUAAUAUGCUUCAUGAGAGUUUUGUGGUGGGUGCACAUAUUUCACGUUUACUUCAACGAACUUGUGGUCUAUUUUAUGAGGUUUUUGUAUGUUUUAGAAAAUUUGUGAUCUUCUUUAAUUUAUGAGAUAUAUGGUAUGCUUAAUAGAACUUGUGUUAUGCUUUCUGAGGCUUCUAGUACGAUAAUCUUCUACUCUAUUGGUGGUAGCCAAUCAUCUUGUUUGAACAACAUUGAGCUGUAAUUGUUUCCCUUUUAGUAUCAGAACGUGACAUAAAUAAUUUGGGUAUUCACAAAUCCAAUUCAUUAUGGGUCAAUUUAGUUUGGUAAUAUAACUUUUUGUUUAGUUUACACCCAUACCUAAUCAUUUAGUUUAGUUCUAAAUUAGAUCCAUUACAUUAGCUACCCAAAAGAAAAUGAAUAACCAACUCUAAUGUGCUAUUUGCAUUUUUCUUUAUUCUAAAUCAAACAUAAAGGUGGAAAUACCAAUAUUGAAGGUGUGAAUUGGUUUAAGACAAAUAGUUUGAUGGUCGAUUUUGUUUUUCUAUAUAUACCCAAAUAGACUCAUUUGAGUUCGACCCAAAUAGGUUGUCCCAAAUUGGAACCAAUCAAAACACAAACCCAAAAUUAAUAAGAGUACAUAUGAAUCCAUUUGUCUCCAUCCCAAUGUCCAUACGGAUCAUGACAAUUGGGUCCAAUUACCAAUAGGUCGACCCAUUGCUAACCCGUCAAGCUAAUACGAUUCAUAUAUCUUAUCAAUUAUCAAUUGAAUAUCACAAAUUAAAACAUAAUACGAAGUAUUUAAUAAAAAUCCGAAAAGAUAUAUGAGUACAGAAAUCGUCCAGUAAUUAUGAGAGCUCGCUUCCUAACGUAAAGAGUUUAAUUCUCAUUCCGUUAACCGUUACAUAAUGUAAUUGAUGUCCAGUGUGGAUAAAUUUAUUAGAAGGAUCAGUCGUUUAUAGUUUAAUUCUCGUUCCAUUCGUCGUUACAUAAUGUAAUUAGGAGGGUAACGGUUGGAAGAAAAAAGGAUUUGGUGAGGAAUUUCAAAAUAGCUGAGUAGAGUUAGCUAUUUCAUAAUUCGAAACUUUGCAUGUUUUCGAUAUCGAUCCCUACCUUUUUUUUAAGCCAUCCCCAACGCAGAAUUGUGACAAAUCCUGGAAGGUGAGAUAUUUUGGAAAAAUCCUUAAGACCUCCACCACGUACAAUCCCCAUCCAAACGACACCAUAUAAGGAAAUGAAUACAACAUCAAUAUUUGGAAAUUCUUUUAAGUUAUAGAUAGUCAGAACUACUGAUAUCCAUAGAUUAUUGCGAUCUAUUAUUUCCCGUUACGUGCCAAUUCCGAGUGCCGAGUGGACAGCAGCAGCAGAAACAUGAUUAGUACUGAUGCUAUAUAUGGUUGCGGUCGUCGUCGUCGUAGGUAGCAACUGUGAUAUUGUCGUCGUCAUCGCCGUGAUGACGACGACGACGAUCAACAACAGCAGCAGCAUGCGUGGCAUUUUCGCCAACAACAUGAUCUCUGCAAGUUCCAUCGCAGUUACAAUCGUUGCAAACCUGAUCCCCGCAAAAGCAAGGACCACAGUAACCCCCGCCAAAUCCGCAGUAUUUAUGGCGGCUACAACAGCGUCCUGGGUCACACUCGUCAUUGCAGCUUUUGCGAAUGAGGCAGACACAUCUAUGAUCGCCCGAUUCCGCGGUGACUGUGAUCUGAAGCGGCGACAGGAUCAUGACAAGGAAUGUUGCGGUGAUCAGUACUGCUGCGCCUGGCUUCAUAGCUAGCUAAUUGACCAGCUCCUUUUGUGUUGUAAAAAUGUGUGUUGUUGUUCAACGUGGAAAGCUAUUUAUAGAAAGUGCAAGAGGGAGAGAUCCAGCGUGGGGAAACUUGUAACAAUUUAUUUGCUUUAGUUUUUUUAUGGGCAAGUUUUUUUUUUUUUUUUUUUUUGUCUAUUCGCUGGAGGGCAGAGUAUCAAUUUGAUUUGGAUUUACAGAUAAGAGCUGGAAGACGAGCACUGUAAUUAGUCCGAUUGCGUCCGCUUACAUUCCUCUUCUCUUGGAAAUUCAGCAUUUCCUUUUAGUUUACUUCUUAAAUUCAACAAUUCUAAUUAUUUCUCUUGAGUUUUGUUUUUCUAUUCGCUGGACGGCAGAGUAUCAGAAUGUGAUAUACUGGUGAAAACUUCCACAAUUUGGGUAUUCCCAAAAUAAACUCAUUACGGAUCAAAAUUUUAAUAUAACUUAUUAACUUUUGUGUCAUACUCAUACCCAAUCAUUUAGUUCGUUCCAAAUUAGAUAGAUCAUUGGCUAGCCAAAUGAGAAUGAUACCCAACUCUAAUGUGAUUUUUGCAAUUUUCUUUCUCUAAUAUAAACAAAAAAGUGGAAAUACCAAUAUUGAAAGAGUGAAUUGGUUUAAGACGAAUAGUUAGAUGGUCAAUGUUGUUUUUCUAUAUGUAUAAUAAAAUAUACCCAAAUAGACUCAUAUGGGUUCGACCCAAAUAGGUUGUUCCAAAUUGGACGCAAUCCAAUUCAAACCCAUAUUCAUAUUAUUAAGAGUAGAUAUGAGUUCCGAAUUGGUAUCCAAACUAGCAUUUUAUGGCACUUUAGCCCUCAUGACUCCAAACAAAUCCAAAUUUCAUAUCUUGGUACCAACCCUUUCUUACUUAGUUUUAAAAGGUCAUAAUUAAUAUCACCAGGAUUGUACUUGUAACAAGGGAGAGCGGCUAACAUUGCUUAUCGAGGCCAUGGGGCGGUUGGCCAGAAGGAGUUUGGUCACUUAGACCCAACCACCCAACUCAAUAAGGCCAAGAUAGCUUAUUUAAUUUUAAUGUUGAAUUGGGUUUAUGAGUCCAUUUUAUUUAAUCAAUGUGGUAUGAGUUUAAUUUUUAUGGGUAGACCUUUUUCAUUUAUUUACAACUGAUAAAAGGAUUAUCGAGUAUUUCCUCAAAAACAAAUGUUGGAAGAAGAUUGGGUUGUGUACGCAUAAUUCCUUGAUCUGUCGAUAGGUGAUGGCAAUGGGGAGGGGUGGGGCGGGUAACUCAAUACCAAUACUUGCCCCGCACUAAAAAAAAAUCUUUAUAAAUGAUUUAUAAAUAUAGUAGAAAGAAUAAUUAAUGAGUCUAAAUAUUUGGAAGCUAGAGUUUCAAAAUUUAUUUGAGAUAAAAAUAUGAUUAUAGAAAGAUCUAAAUAAGAUAAAUACAUGUAUGUAUUAAUGCAAAUUAUGAUAAAACGGGUCAAGAACGUAGCAGGUCGGAAAUAAUAUCCAUGCCUCGCCCCAUAUUAUUGUGAGUCAGGUAAUAUCGACCCCAAACAAGUCGGAUCAGAUCAGAAAUUGCCACAGGGUGAUAAAGUUGGAGGAAAACAAGAAAUGUUGAUGGCUUGGUUCUUAACCAUAACUUGAAAGGAGCAUUGGCCUGAUAUGGGAAAGAUGCUUUGACUGGGAAGAGAUGUAAUUUGCUUUUCUAAGUUGAGACUUGUGUGGAAUUUACGAAGAUAGCUGGAUCUAGUUUUGCCUGUAGAGUGGAUGAUGUUCUUCGUCAAAAUUAUCGCCCAAAUGAAAGUUUAGGUUUUCU